AAGAUGGUGGUCAUUUCGUAGGUAACGAAAGCUAGUUGUGCGCACAGUGACGUCACACCGUGGUCGUGUUGUGCGGUUAUGCGUCUGUGAACUCCGCCAUUGAGAGUCGCGUACGUCGCGGAGAGCGGUUUGGUGACACGAACAAAACGGCGGAAAUAUGUGACGGAGGAUCGAAACCGAGCAGCCAAGUAGCACGAAUCUCGCGUAUCCUCCCGGCGAGCGCGUCUCCUCGUCUCUUGUUCCUCGUCGCCGGCGUGGCGUGUCGCGGCACACGCGCGCGCGUGUAUCCUUUUGCCCGAAGAGCGUACGCUCUCUCGUCGCUUGGGCCCCCUCACCCGGGAAUAGGCUCGCGUGCAAACGUGUUCUUCCGCUUGCGUGUUAUAUUGUUCUUCGUGUGCGAGAUGGCCGGUAAGUAAAGUGCUCCAGCGAAGAACCGCGACGUUGUCGAUUAAACCGGCACGCGCGUACACUUGUCGCGUGAUUCGUCGCGCAACAGAGACGACGACGACGACGACGACGACGACGACAACGACGACGACGACGACGACGACGACGACGGUGACAACGGUGACGACGACGGCGACGACGCGUCGUCGCUCUUGCUCCCGUUGGAUAGCAGCUCGUUUCCUCGCGUCACCGCGACUAAGCGAACCUUGACCUAGAUAACACGCGGGUAUACCCGCAACGAAUGCUCGCCUAGAGUCGAUUCCGUAGUCUCCAAGUACAAUCGUGUCGGUCGCGCCCGGAUUACUCCCCGUGCGCGGGAGAGCAGGUAUCUAUGUGCCCGUCGCCGGCGACGGCGACGACUGCGGCGGCGGCGACGGUGGCAGCCUAGAAACACAAUGGAUUACGCCGAAACUUCAAGCAAUGGUGACAUACAAUGGUGUUUCUCUCAAGUGAAGGGAACCUUAGAAGAAGACGUCACAGAAGCUGAUAUAAUUUCAUGCGUUGAAUUUAACCACGAUGGCGAUCUUCUUGCAACAGGAGACAAGGGUGGACGUGUCGUCAUUUUUCAAAGAGACCCCAUUAGUAAAAACAGUAUACCACGGAGAGGUGAAUACAAUGUGUAUAGCACCUUCCAGAGCCAUGAGCCCGAGUUCGAUUACCUAAAAUCACUAGAAAUAGAAGAAAAAAUUAAUAAAAUUAGGUGGCUAAAGAGAAAAAAUCCUGCCCACUUUUUACUCUCCACGAACGAUAAAACAAUCAAGUUAUGGAAAGUUAGUGAGAGAGAUAAAAGAGUAGAAGGAUAUAAUACGAAAGAAGAAAAUGGUACGAUCCGUGAUCCUGCCUGCAUCACUGCCUUGAGGGUGCCAACCAUAAAACCAAUGGAGUUGAUGGUGGAGGCAUCACCAAGGAGAAUAUUUGCCAAUGCGCACACCUAUCACAUAAACAGUAUAAGUGUCAACAGUGAUCAAGAGACAUACCUCAGUGCUGAUGAUCUUAGAAUUAAUCUUUGGCACCUUGAGAUAACAGACCAGAGUUUUAAUAUAGUAGACAUUAAGCCAACUAAUAUGGAAGAAUUAACAGAAGUCAUAACUGCGGCGGAAUUUCAUCCCGCGGAAUGCAACGUGUUGGUGUACAGUAGUAGCAAAGGAACCAUUAGACUUUGCGAUAUGAGAUCUGCCGCUCUUUGCGAUCAGCAUAGCAAACUCUUCGAGGAACCUGAGGAUCCAACUAAUAGGAGUUUUUUCUCAGAAAUUAUUUCAAGUAUAAGUGAUGUAAAACUCAGUAAUUCCGGGAGAUAUAUGAUCAGCAGAGACUACCUCAGUGUGAAAGUAUGGGACUUGCAAAUGGAAACAAAGCCGAUCGAAUGUUAUCCUGUACACGAAUACUUAAGAUCAAAAUUAUGUUCAUUGUACGAAAAUGACUGUAUCUUCGACAAGUUCGAAUGUUGUUGGAGUGGUAAUGACUCUGCUAUUAUGACGGGCUCGUACAACAAUUUCUUCAGAGUAUUUGAUCGUACGACCAAACGUGAUCUCACCUUGGAAGCAGCACGUGACAUUGCCAAACCAAAAACACUCCUUAAGCCAAGAAAGGUAUGCACCGGCGGUAAACGCAAAAAAGAUGAAAUUAGCGUCGACUGUUUGGACUUCAAUAAGAAAAUACUUCAUACCGCAUGGCAUCCGUCUGAAAAUGUGGUAGCUGUCGCUGCUACGAACAAUCUCUUCCUAUUUCAAGACAAACUCUAGCACAUUUGUAUGCAGAUAAUACAACGGUAUAUAUUGACGUGAGCAAGGCACGUUGAACUGAAAGCUCCCAGCGGAACAGCCGGGUGUCCAAGUAAUAUUGACGAUAGUCAACUGCUAGUCUGUCAGUGGUUGACUGACCGAAGAGUGGUAUAUGUAGCGCCGUCCACGCAGCUCACACAUUCAUACAUGCUAUAUAUACACACACAGGAACAUACAGGAUUGCACCCCAUACUUUGCCGCGCGCAUAUGUGUAUGAAAAAAGAAAAAAAAAAGACAAACGCGGAAUACACGCAUAACUUUCCAGGCUAUCAAGUUCGCUAGCUCGAAUAUAUUCGCAGAUUGAAAGAAACGUACGCAUCCAGCGAAAUAUACGACUGAACAAUUCACAGAGACUCGUGUUGGCAGUUAAUAUAUCAUUUAUAAAUACUAAUAAUUAGUAAUUUUUUGCCUGUAUUAUAUAGAAAUUAUGCCAUUGCACGGUGCAGUCUACACGUGAUUUUACAGUGGAUAUAAAAAUGCUUAAACAUCGUCACGCAUCGUAUUGACAAAGACAGGCGACGGAAAUGUGAGUAAGUGGAUGAGCACAGCACUAGGAUAAAUAAACGGGCCGCUUCAUGCGACUUAUGUACGAUCGAUGCGAUAUGUAUAUGGUAUAAAGAUUAAGUUCAUACGCCUAACUAACGCGAAAACAAAAAGAUCAGUCGUAAUUAACUUGUAAUUAUUGCAAUGUCAACUUUUGCGCUGUCAUACAGCGUUUCACAGUUAUCCUUAAACUAAAAACUGCGCGAUGAAUUCUAUAAAAAAAGUUAUCUGUUAUCAUAUUGCAAUUGAUAAUUAAUCCGUGCGUUAUUGAUCUUAAAAAGUAAGUACGAAUAAUAAAAUAACACGAAUAUAUAGUUUUGUUCGCGGAAUCGAGACAAUGACAGUUACCAUUAUGAGAAAACUCAAUUUUGAUAACCUGUGCCCAAAUUAUCCCGUCUACCAUUUACGACUUAGUGUCACACGUGUUAAAUAUAGGCCUAUUUUCUCGUUAGUUUAUUAUUCUCACGAACUAAUUGUUUGUCUGAAUCGCGGAACAGUUGCCAAUACGAGUCAAAUAAUAACGGAAAGUAUUGUAUCUUUCCUUCCAUUAUAUACCCGAAAAAACUAAAUGUUGCCGCACUCUAAAUGUAUCAAGCAAUAAGUGGCGCCGAUUUAAAAUGAUGUGUAUCAAUUGUUAUUUUUAAAACGAUAGAAAAAAUUGUCCGAUUGGGAGAUAAAUUGAAAAAUUGAAUAGAUGGAAUACAAAUUUUUCUAAUA